AUGGUGAAAUACCUACAGAAGGCGAUAAAACCCACGCUGACAACGGUGAGUUCACUGCACGGUCACGCCUUAGACCCAGAAAAACCACUCUCCAAUGCGGCUUUCGAGGCCGUCGUAUUUCUGGGACUGCUGCGUCACAAUGAAGAUCAGCUAGUCCAGCGAGCGAAAAUGCUAAUCAAGAAAGACCGGGCGUUUUUCCAAAAAGUCUUUGCCUCAAAGAUCGACGAGUGGACGCCUAUGCACGCGUGCACACUUCGGGGGGCCAGAAAGCUGGUCAAACUGGCUCUAAAAGCAGGCGUAGACGCCAAUUUAGAAAUGGGCAUGCCGGAUGGUCUUCCCGGCAGAUGCACUCCCUUGCAUCUUGCUGCGCAUAGAGGGGACGUAAGCAUACUGCAGCUGCUGGUUCAGAAUGGGGCUCUGCUGGACAAACAGGACGAUACAAACUGCACCCCUUUGUAUUAUGCUCUCAGGCGAGGAAACACCUUAGUGGCGAAGAAACUAUUGAAAUAUGGUGCAGAUUCUUCAGGACUAUCACGAGAAGAACGUCUGUAUUACAAAGAUGAGACCUACCAAAGAAGAUCCGCACUUCUGUGUAUUCCUGUACGAACUGGAUCUCAGAAGAGGAAGAUAACUUCGUUAUCACAGAAAUCGGUUCAGUUUUCAGAUUCAUGA